AUGAACUGGAACAUUGCAUUCUUCGCCCCUCUUGUUCUUGUGGUGACCGCGGGACUCCUACGACGUUCUGCUAUUGAUAUUCAUCAUGGUGUCCUGGCAUUGUGGGCGGGAAUGGGGUUCUCCGAAGUCAUCACUGAGGUAUUGAAAAACAGAGUGGGCAGAUUACGCCCAGACUUUCUGCACACCUGUAAGUGGGAUAAAACUCUCAAGGCGUGCACUGGGAAACUAGAGGAUGUGCUCGAUGGAAGAAGAUCAUUCCCCUCUGGGCACUCUUCUACCGCGUUCUCGGGAAUGAUGUUCCUCUCGCUUUGGAUCGCAGGAGCGACAGGAGCGUGGUGCAUCACUCGACCUGCUCCUGGCCGGUCCUUCCUUGCUAGCAGACUGGCCCGGCUUACCCUAUCGUUGCUACCCUUGUGUUUCGCGGCCUGGGUGGCGAUCAGCCGCCUCGAGGACUACAGACACCACAAGGAAGACGUGAUAGUCGGUAGUAUAAUUGGGAUGGGGUCAGCCACCGUCUGCUACCUGACGUACUGGCCCAGCCCGUUCUCCUACAUCAUAGAAAAUGCGCAAGCCACGCGCACGGCCGCUCGUGCGCGCCUAGUAUACACCAACGAAACGGCAAGACAAACAAACGGAUAUGACUACGAAUUAGCGGGAAUGGGACACACCGCAGAUGUUGAGCAAGUAUAGUUACGACUGUGAAUAUGAUGUGCCGCGCUAUGCGACUCCCGAUGUUUCAGCUCGAACAAAGACCCAUCUGUCGCCCACUCUCUGCAUGCGCCCUACGUCUCCUGGACCACCUCCAUUGUGUCCUAUGCUCGGGAGCUCCUCAGAAGUAUCCAUAAGGCUGCCAGGAUCAUCCGCAGGGCUAGGGUCAAUUUGCACGGCAUAUUCUGAGCCAUAAGCAGCCGAGGAAUCCCCCUCAUAGGGUGGCUUCCCCAUAUCUCGGCCAUUGCCGUACCUAUAAUCUCCCCCGCGCCCCCUCCCUCUACCGCCCAUUGCUCUGCCACCCCGCCAUGACCCCCGAUUUAGCGGGCCGUCGUGCUGAUGUGCGCCGUUUGGUUCUCGUCCUGGAGGUAGUCCACCUUGUUGUGU